AUGGCAACUGCAGCCGCUGUAUACCCCCCGCUUGACCAGCGCCCGGUCAAGAACACAGUCCUACUCUUCGAUGUUGACGACACGCUCACAAAGCCCCGUCAACUGGUGAGCCCUGAGAUGCUUGAAUUGCUCUCGGAACUCCGACACAAAGUUGCCAUUGGCUUCGUUGGUGGCUCCAACCUGGCCAAGCAGCAGGAGCAACUUGGAGGAGCAGUCGAUGUCACAUCGCUGUUCGACUUUUGCUUUGCUGAGAACGGACUGACCGCCAUCCGAAUGGGUGAGACUCUGGCCAGCCAGAGCUUCAUUGCCUGGAUUGGUGAGGACAAGUAUAAGGCGCUGACCAAGUGGAUUCUUCACUACAUCGCCGAUCUCGAUAUCCCCAUCAAGCGUGGUACCUUUAUCGAAUUCCGCAACGGCAUGAUUAACGUUUCCCCCAUCGGCCGUAACGCCUCGACUGAAGAGCGAAACGAGUACCAAAAGUACGACCUCGAGCACAAGAUCAGGGAGACCAUGGUUGCAAAGCUCAAGGAAGCUUUCCCUGACUACGGCCUUACCUACUCUAUCGGCGGCCAAAUCUCGUUUGACGUUUUCCCUACUGGCUGGGACAAGACAUACUGCCUGCGACACAUUGAGGCGGAGAAGGACAUCUCGGGAAUUGUCUACGACAAGAUUCACUUCUUCGGUGACAAGGCAUACGAGGGUGGAAACGACUGGGAGAUCUACAGCGAUAAGCGGACCAUCGGACACAAGGUCAAGAACCCAGACGAUACCUACGCACAGCUACAGGAGCUGCUGAAAAGCUUCCAGUAG